AUGGGUUUGUUCUCCAAGGUCAAGUCUCCCAAGAGCCAUGAUGCCAACCUGGCUCAGGCCGUCGAGGAGGCACCGCAGUUUGAGCGGGUGACAUGGUGGAGGGAGCCUGGGCUGCGGUCCCUGGGCUGGUAUGCCUUCAUCCUUUCCAUCGCCUCGGCCAGUACUGGUUACGAUGGAAUGCUUCUGAACUCCAUCCAGAACUUCGACAGCUGGAGAGAUCAGUUCGGCAUCGCGCGCGACUCGGACAUGAGCACUUAUGGUCUUCUUGGAUUCCUGGUGGCCCUGUACCAGAUUGGAAGUGUUGUGUCGAUCCCCAUCGUUCCCUUCGUGCUUGACCGAUGGGGUCGCAAGUGGCCCAUCAUCCUUGGGGCUGUCAUCACCACCGGCGGUGCCGUUCUUCAAGCCUUCUGCCACACACUUCCUCAGUUUAUGGGCGGACGUUUCUUGCUCGGAUUCGGAAACUCGUUCUCCCAGAUGGCUUCCCCCAUGCUGCUGACCGAGAUUGCCCACCCGCAGCACCGCGCCAGGUUGACGACGGUCUACAACUGUCUGUGGAACGUUGGUGCCGUCCUCGUUGCUUGGACCGCCUUUGGCACCGACACCCUGAAAAACGAGUGGUCCUGGAGAAUUCCUGCAUUCCUGCAGUCCAUCCCGUCCAUCAUUCAGCUUCUUGGCAUCUACUGGGUCCCCGAAUCUCCGCGUUUCCUCAUCGCCAACGAUCGGGAUGACGAGGCCCUCCAGAUCCUGGCCAAGUACCACGCCAACGGUGACGCACAGAACGCCACGGUCCAGUUCGAAUUCCGCGAGAUUCGCGAGACCAUCAAGAUGGAGCAGGCCGCCAACAAGCACAGCAGCUACAUGGACUUUUUCCGCACCCCGGGCAACCGCUACCGUCUCAUGAUCCUGAUCUCGCUCGGACUCUUCUCCCAGUGGUCCGGAAACGCCAUCAUCUCCAACUACAGCGCCAUCCUUUACGAGAAUGCAGGCAUCACCGACUCCACGGCUAGGUUGGGUCUCUCCGCCGGCAAUUCGAUGCUUGCCGUCGUCGUCUCCAUCACGUGCGCGAUGCUGGUCGACAAGUUCGGUCGUCGCCCGAUUUUCCUCAUCGCCACCGGAGGCAUGCUCGGCACCCUCGUCGUCUGGUGUCUUUCGUGCGGCCUCUACGAGGAGCACCGCACGCCCGGCUCCGACAUGGCCCUCGUCUUCUUCAUCUGGCUGUUUGGUGUCUUUUACGCCAUCGCCUGGUCCGGUCUCCUGAUCGGCUACGCGCUCGAGAUCCUGACGUACCAGCUCCGCGCCAAGGGAAUGAUGAUUCUGAACCUGGUCAUCCAGCUCGCCCUGACUUUCAACAACCUAGCCAACGCACCUGCACUGAAGCACUUUGAGAACCACACCUGGAAGCUGUACCUCAUCUACACUUUCUGGGUCGCGUUCGAGUUCGCCUUUGUUUUCUGGAAAUACGUCGAGACCCGCGGCCCGACGCUCGAGGAGCUCUCCAAGGUCAUCGACGGCCCCAACGCUGUCGCCCCCAUCCUGAACCUCGACCAGAUCGAGAAGGAGACCCACAUGAACUUGGACCGCCCCGACAGCACCGAGAAGACGGCGCCCAGGGAGUCGUCGGCCAACCACGUCUAA